GAAAAGCUGUAUAAGUCUAUUAUUAUUAAUAGGAGAGGAAUAUGAGUGAAGAAGGAAAAGCGUUGAUUCAUGAAACUGUGUAUUAUAAACAUACGAAUACGUUUGAGAUAAACAAUUCGGCAAAAGAUUUAGAAAAGGGGGAUGAAGAAGAAUGUUUAUUAGAGGAUGAAGAUAAUGAUAUUGAUGCAUUGAUAGAUGAUCUUGAAUCUCAAGAUGGAGAUCAGGAAGAUAAUAUAGAAGACACGGAGUUUCAGUCUCAACGACAAGUUCCAGAAGAGUUAUUAGCAACAGAUACUCGUAUUGGGUUAACUAGUCAAGAAGUUAUUAAUAGAAGAAAGAAAUAUGGUCUGAAUAAGAUGAAGGAGGAAAAAGAAAAUAUGAUUAUUAAAUUUCUUAUGUAUUUUGUUGGACCUAUUCAAUUUGUGAUGGAAGCAGCGGCUAUUCUGGCAGCAGGUCUUCAAGAUUGGGUUGACUUUGGGGUGAUAUGUGCACUACUUCUUCUUAAUGCUUUUGUCGGAUUUAUUCAAGAAUUUCAAGCAGGAUCAAUUGUAGAUGAACUUAAGAAAACACUUGCUUUAAAAGCAACAGUUCUUCGAGAUGGUCGACUUAUUGAUAUUGAAGCAGAAGAAGUCGUUCCAGGAGAUAUAUUGCAGCUUGAAGAGGGAUCUAUUGUUCCAGCAGAUGGCCGUAUUGUUACAGAAGAGGCAUAUCUUCAAGUUGAUCAAUCGUCCAUAACGGGUGAAUCUUUAGCUGUCGAUAAACAUAAGGGAGAUAGCAUUUAUUCAUCAUCAGUGGUCAAACGUGGUGAAACGUUUAUGGUUGUUACUGCUACUGGUGAUGGUACAUUUGUAGGUCAUGCAGCUUCUCUUGUCAAUAAGGCAUCAUGUGGGACAGGACAUUUUACUGAUGUUCUUAAUCGGAUAGGAACCAUUCUUUUAGUAUUAGUUGUCUUCACGCUUUUUAUUGUAUAUAUUUCAGCUUUUUAUCGAUCUUCAACUACCAUUACAAUUUUGAAAUAUACUUUAGCUAUUACUAUUAUUGGUGUUCCGGUUGGUCUUCCUGCUGUUGUUACAACUACAAUGGCAGUUGGUGCAGCAUAUCUUGCAAAGAAGAAAGCUAUUGUUCAAAAGCUUUCUGCCAUAGAAUCUCUUGCAGGAGUUGAAAUUCUUUGUUCCGAUAAAACAGGCACUUUGACAAAGAAUAACCUUUCUCUUUCUGAACCUUAUACUGUUGAAGGGAUUUCAUGUGACGAACUUAUGUUAACUGCUUGCUUAGCCGCUUCACGUAAAAAAAAGGGUCUUGAUGCUAUCGAUAAGGCAUUUCUUAAAGCACUUCGAAAUUAUCCAGCUGUAAGAUCAGCACUUUCAAGAUAUAAGGUUAUCGAAUUUCAUCCUUUUGAUCCUGUUAGCAAGAAAGUUACUGCUAUUGUUGAAUCGCCUUCCGGAGAAAGAAUUGUUUGUGUAAAAGGCGCUCCUCUUUUUGUUCUUAGAACUGUUGAGGAAGAUCAACCUGUUCCUGAGGAUAUUCAAAAUGCAUAUAAAGAUAAGGUUGCUGAAUUUGCAUCUCGUGGUUAUCGAUCUCUUGGUAUUGCUCGUAGAGCUGGUAACUCUAAUUGGGAGAUCUUAGGUAUUAUGCCAUGUUCUGAUCCACCACGAUGUGAUACUGCACGAACUAUUAGUGAAGCUAUUCGUCUUGGACUUCGUAUUAAAAUGUUAACAGGAGAUGCUGUUGGUAUCGCAAAAGAAACGGCUCGUCAACUUGGAAUGGGUACUAAUGUUUACAAUGCUGAACGUCUUGGCCUUGGUGGUGGAGGGGAUAUGCCCGGAUCCGAGGUUUAUGAUUUUGUUGAAGCAGCUGAUGGUUUUGCUGAGGUAUUUCCACAACAUAAAUAUAAUGUUGUAGAAAUUUUGCAACAGCGUGGAUAUCUUGUAGCUAUGACUGGUGAUGGCGUUAAUGAUGCACCUUCUCUUAAAAAGGCAGAUACAGGUAUUGCAGUUGAAGGUGCUUCAGAUGCCGCGCGUUCUGCUGCUGAUAUAGUCUUUUUGGCACCUGGUCUUUCUGCAAUCAUUGAUGCCUUGAAGACAUCUAGGCAGAUUUUUCACCGGAUGUACGCAUAUGUUGUUUAUCGUAUUGCUUUAUCAUUGCAUUUAGAAAUCUUUUUAGGUCUAUGGAUUGUUAUUUUUAACCAUCUUAUGAUUCUAGAAUUAGUUGUCUUUAUUGCUAUUUUUGCAGAUAUUGCUACUUUAGCUAUUGCAUAUGAUAAUGCACCCUAUUCAUUGUUGCCUACUAAGUGGAACUUGCCUAAAUUAUGGGGUAUUUCGCUUCUUCUUGGUGCUGCAUUAGCUAUUGGAUCAUGGAUUGCCUUAACUACAAUAUAUAUUAAUGACAAUGCUUUUGGUAUCGUACAAGGCUAUGGUAAUGUGGAUGCUGUUAUGUUCCUUGAAAUUUCACUUACUGAGAAUUGGUUAAUCUUUAUCACACGUGCUAAUGGACCAUUUUGGUCAUCAUUACCAUCAUGGCAACUAUUUGGUGCAGUCUUUCUUGUUGACGUCAUUGCUACGAUAUUUUGUAUCUUUGGCUGGUUUACAGGAACUAAAGAACAUGGUCUUGAACGGACUUCUAUAAUUACAGUUGUUCGUGUUUGGCUUUUUUCACUUGGUGUAUUUUGCAUUAUGGCCGGUAUUUAUUAUUUACUUUCGGACUCUGUAGCAUUUGACAAUAUUAUGCAUGGAAAAAGUGUUAAAAAGAAUUCAAAGCAACGUUCUCUUGAAGACUUUGUCGUUGCUUUACAGAGAAUGUCAACCAAACAUGAAAAGGGAGAAUAA